AUGGCGGAUGGCGACGACCAAAAGCAAUCCAACCACUUGAACUUCAACCUCCAAGAGUUUUUGGGAGACAACAGCGCGAGUGAUGCAUCGUUCCAGUCCAUGGUGCAAAACAUGUCGGGCCAAGAUGGUCUUCCUGCCGAAUUACAACAAUUAUUGGGUGGUUCCAAUGGCACCGAUCUGAAUCUAUUAGGUCAAGGCAAUACGAGUGGUGGCACCAACAGUCAACCGAUAUCACCAGCAACGACACCACAGCAUGCUAUACAACAACAACAACAACAACAGACACCUUCCAGUAGUGGUAGUGGAGGAGUACCAUGGGUGAUGCCAACCAGUGGUGGUAGUGCUGCUGCUAUGCCAUCCAACGUCCAUGUCAUGUCCAUGUCCAUGCCAUCCUCUCAACAACCUACACCUUCACCUGUCAUCACAUCCACAGCUGGCAAUUCGGUACCUGUUCAAUCACAACCACCAACCAAUUCCACCACACUCUUAGAAAACAUCACAUCACAAUUACCACCAGAACGCAAAGACCAAUUCUUUGAUCUCUUUCGACAGUUACAGAAUAAUGUGAUUACGCCUGAGCAGUUUUUGACCCAAGCACGAUCCUUGUUGGGUCAACAACAAUAUCAACAAUUGGAAGAUUUGAAGAACAAGCCGAAUCAGGACACUAAGGCAAGCGAGAAACGACCUAUAUCCAGUGCACAGAAUAUGGCAGGCAUCAUUACACCACAAAUGAAACGACCCAAGCAGGAACAUAUACCCCCAGGCAUGCCAAUGGGCCCACCUAUCAGUACGCCAAUGACAUCUUCCACUUUCAAAACACCUGCUGGAUUGCAAAUUCCUCGUUCGGCAGCCGCUACAGCUGUUCCUGGUGGUGCUGGCAACAUGAUGCGAACAGCCACACCUACAAGUAGUACACCUGCUCCUGGUGGAAGUGGAGGUGGCGGUGGCGGUGGUGAUCGAAUUGAUUACGAUACAUUGACGGAUGUGAUGGGAUACGCUGGUGUGGAUUUACGUGAAGAAGCCGAGCACUUUUUAAAGGAGGGUGAUGGCACAGGAGCUAUAUUGCCUGAUGGUGUGGAUCGAUCCAAGAUACAAGAUUUCAUGAAUGGCGACAUGUUACGAUCACGUGUGCUUGAAUUGGCGCAACCUUUACAAAUCAGCAAUGUGGAUCAAGAUUUUAUAUCCUAUUUGGCGCUUGCAACACAAGAACGAUUGCGUGGAUUGGUAGAACAAAUGGUGGAUGCAUCCAAACAUCGUGUCAUGUCACAAGCAGGAAGUGCUCCUCCGCCUCUGGAUGAAAGGACAGGCCAUCCCUUGUAUCGCAUUGUUGUGCAACAAGACCCAAGAAAGCAACUGUUGGCGAUUGAGCGUGCUGAACGUGAAGAAGAACGUAAACGAAAGGAAUUGCUCGCUGAACGUGAACGAAGGAUGCAAAUGGGUGAAGGUGAAGGCGAAGAUGGCAAAUCCAAAAAGAAGAAAAAGGACAAAGAUGGUACAGGUGCUGGUGGUGGUCCUGCCAGUGGUGGUGCACGUGGUUCUGGUCCUGGUGGAGCCUCUGGUGAUGGAUCAGGAAAAGGAGGCAGCACCAGUGAAACUGCCUUGAUUCGUGCCAUUGGUGGUGUACGCAAAAGCUGGAUGUUGACGGGUAACAAGGAUACAUCAACAACCCCUGGUGGUGGCACCCCACGAUCCUCUGGUAGUGCUGGAGCUGGUGCAGGAGCAGCAGGAGCAGCAGAAGGUGGCGUUGCUGGUGGUAGUGGUGGUCUUGAUGAUGGAUCUCCUCGUGGACGUGGAAGACCGCGUGGUCGUAAAACAGGUGAUGGUCUUAAACGUGGUGCUGGACGUGGAAGAGGUGCCGCUGGACGUGAUUUACGACAUGAUGGCCUUGGCUUGUUUUUACCACCUUCUACUAUUGGUCGAACACAUCGAUUGGGUGAUCCAAGUAUGCGUAAAGUCACUGUACGCGAUGCUAUCUUUGCAUUGGAAAAGGAUUGCCAAACAACAGGUCGAUCAGGUAGUAAACGUACCCUGUUGAAAUCUUAUAAUCAAUGGCUAAAGUAA